AUGAAGACGACGAUACUCUCGGUCAACUCUGGAUCCAGCUCCAUCAAGAUAUCCGUCUACUCUCUCAAGGAGCGCCAUGCGGACCCGGAGCAGAUCGCCGAGGUGCGGGUGAGCGGGCUGACGGCGCCGCCGAUGGGCGUGAGCUACGUGCGGCGCGGGCAGAGGAUCCACAAGGACAUGGAGCCGCCGUCGACGGUGCGGACGCCGGGCGACGCCUUCAAGAUGAUGGUGCACAUGCUGAUCGACGACCCGGAGCUGAGCGACAUCGCCCGGGCCGAGGACAUCGCCAUCACCUGCCACCGCAUCGUGCACGGCGGCGACUUCACCGAGGCCCAGCUGGUGACGCGCGAGACGUACCACACGCUGGAGCUGCUGAGCGACCUGGCGCCGCUGCACAACGGCGCCGCCCUGGACAACGUCAAGACUUGCAUCGAGCUGCUGCCCAAGACGCGCAACGUCGCCUGCUUCGACUCGCAGUUCCACGCCACCAUGCCGCCGCACGUGUCCACCUACCCCAUCGACCAGGAGAUCGCCCGCAAGAACCACCUGCGCAAGUACGGCUUCCACGGCAUCAGCUACGCCUUCAUCGCGCGCAACACCGCCUCCGCCCUGGCGAGGGACGCGUCCGACCUCAACGUCAUAGCCCUGCACCUCGGCAGCGGGGCCAGCGCCUGCGCCAUCAGGGCCGGCAAGUCCUGGGACACGUCCAUGGGCCUCACGCCCCUCGCCGGCCUCCCCGGCGCCACCCGCAGCGGCAGCAUCGACCCCAGCCUCGUCUUCCACUACGCCAGCGACGUCGGCAAGCUGUCCCCCUCCUCCACCGCCAACCUGCACAUCUCGACGGCCGAGGAGAUACUCAACAAGAAGUCGGGCUGGUCCGCCCUCGCCGGCACUACCGACUUCUCCGUCAUCGCCCGCCGCGACACCCCGGAGCGCCGCCUCGCCUUCGACCUCUUCGUCGGCCGCGUCGCCGGCUACGUCGGGAGCUACUUCGUCGCCCUCGAGGGCCGCGUCGACGCCCUCGUCUUCGCCGGAGGCAUAGGCGAGAAGAGCGCGGCGCUGCGGGAGGCCGUCGUCCACGCCGUCAGGUGCCUGGGCUUCGCCGUCGACGCCAAGAAGAACGAGGACGCCUCGUCGUCUUCCUCCGUCGUCGAGGACAUCACCGCCGCCGCCACCGACACCGACGCUGGUUCGAAGUCGACUCCGCGCGUCCUCGUCUGCCAGACUGACGAACAGUUUGAGAUGGCUCGCAUAUGCUCUUCCAGGGAUGACUUGUGGGAAUAG